AUGAAGUAUUCCUUAAGCCCUGACAACUACCCUGAAGAUGGAAUUAUGAAUAUGGCAACUUUUCUACGGGGCUUUGAAGAUAAGGGAAUAAAGAACGACAGACCUGAGGAACAGCUGAGUAAAGAGAAAAAGAAAAUUCUGUUCUCCUUCUGUGAGGUGUGCAACAUCCAGCUAAACUCUGCAGCCCAGGCCCAAGUCCAUUACAACGGCAAAUCUCACCGCAAACGAGUCAAGCAGCUGAGUGAUGGACAGCCUCCGCCCCCAGCCCAGGGCUCCGGACCACCGCUGGCCAGCCCCAGCACUUACACCAGCACAGAUAAUCAGGGCUGGAGCCAAGUCUCCGUAGCCCCGUGCAUUACACUGGUCACAUCCUGGAAGUUUUGUUUAUCCAACUUGGUUGCUUUUGAAGCCGGUGAAAGCCCUGCCAGGAUGUGGAGUGGACUUCCUAGCAGAGGCAGUACAUGCCACUCUACUACCCUUCCUGCUCUUGUGCGCACACCUACCCUGAUGAUGCAGCCUUCACUGGAUAUCAAACCAUUUAUGUCUUUUCCAGUAGACAGUAAUUCUGCUGCUGUUGGGCUGUUUCCAAAUUUUAACACAAUGGAUCCUGUGCAAAAAGCAGUCAUUAACCACACAUUUGGAGUGUCCAUUCCCCCAAAGAAGAAACAAGUUAUUUCUUGUAAUGUCUGUCAGCUUCGCUUUAACUCGGAUAGCCAGGCCGAGGCCCACUACAAAGGAAGUAAACAUGCCAAGAAGGUCAAAGCACUAGAGGCAACGAAAAAUAAACCCAAAAUGGUUUCUUCCAAGGACAGCGCAAAGGCUAAUCCCAGCUGCUCCAUCACUCCAAUCACAGGCAACAACUCUGACAAAUCAGAAGAUAAAGGGAAGUUGAAAGUCAGCAGUUCCAGUCAGGCAUCAAGCUCUGAAGGUGGCUCAUUUCUCCUCAAACCUGGUACAACACCCCUGCCACCCGGAGCAGCCACUUCUCCCUCCAAGAGCACAAACGGAGCUCCUGGUACUGUUUCUGAAUCAGAAGAAGAAAAAGCCAAAAAAUUACUUUAUUGUUCACUAUGCAAAGUGGCUGUGAACUCCCUGUCACAGCUAGAGGCACACAACACAGGAUCUAAACACAAGACCAUGGUUGAAGCUCGUAAUGGGGCUGGUCCAAUUAAGUCCUAUCCUAGACCUGGAUCAAGAUUAAAGAUGCAGAAUGGCAGUAAGGGGUCAGGACUACAGAACAAGACAUUUCAUUGUGAAAUCUGUGAUGUUCACGUUAAUUCAGAAAUUCAGCUCAAACAGCACAUUUCUAGCAGAAGGCAUAAGGAUCGAGUUGCAGGGAAACCAUUGAAGCCGAAGUACAGUCCUUACAAUAAACUCCAGCGGAGCCCAAGCAUUUUAGCAGCAAAACUUGCAUUCCAGAAGGAUAUGAUGAAGCCUUUGGCCCCGGCCUUCCUGUCCUCGCCCCUGGCGGCGGCGGCGGCAGUGUCCUCCGCGCUGUCACUGCCACCCCGGCCGUCGGCCUCGCUCUUCCAGGCUCCAGCCAUCCCUCCAGCUCUGCUGAGGCCCGGCCACGGCCCCAUCCGCGCCACUCCCGCCUCCAUCCUCUUCGCCCCGUACUAAUGUCUGCAAGCCCCCAGGCGGUUGAGGCCAGUAGGAAAGUAGAGCAGGAAAGCCAAAAGGAUUCAGCAAUUUGAGCAUUUGGUGUUGCAGUGUCCCACCCAACUGCAAAAUGCAGCGUACCACCUGAGCCCCAACUCCAAAGAGUAAGUCGCUAGAUUCAAGAGUGCUUUUAGGGGCCGCUCCUAUAAUUUCAGAAUCUGAGCAGCAGAAGCUUUAUCUCCCUAGUCCCUCCCCCUGCCCUACCCCAUACAAUUCGUGUAUCAGAGAUAUUUAGUUUCUUGCAAAUGUAUUGGUCAGAAAAAUAUAUAUAUAUAUACAUAUAUAUCAUUUUCUGACUAUUUUUCCGUGGGUGUGAUCUGGCUUAGAAACAAUAUGGAAUAUUUUCCUGACAGACUUGAAAACUAGGGUCUUCCUCACACGUCUGUAAAUAAUCCUGGAAUCCAACUGGGCACAUUCUAGUGUGGAACAAAAAUAGAUGAACACAAGUGCUUACUUGUGGAUACCAUCUUACCAACGGAUCACAGCGUUUUCUUUUUGGUGUACUAUUGUUGACAGGGAUUGUGUACUGUUUUAGACCCAAGUACUGUUGUAUCCUGUGUAGUACUAGAUCUGUAUCUCUUGUCUGAAUUAAACAUUUUUAGUUGCUGUGUAAAUGUUAGGAAGCAAAGUAGCUUUGAAUUUUCUCUUUAAGAGAACAAAAGAUAACGUAUUUUCUUUAUUUUACAUUUUAUUUGGUGAUAUUUAAACGAAAUAGAAAGCCAUAUAACAUAGCUCUAAUU